AUGUUUGCCGUGCAUCAGCAGCUAUGUCUCAUGAUGCACACCUACGGACGGCCCUUGCGGCGCGUCUUUGACGAAGAAAUACGGCCUGCAACCAAGAAAAGACGUGUGGACCUGAAGAAUGACAACCCCAAGGACUCGGCGGAGGAUGAAAACAACCUCGAAUGCGCUAUACGCGAGUCUUCCGCUGCCGUCUUGUCAAGUCCUUCGCGUCGUACCUCGAUGGCCUUCUCAGAGGACCUCCUGGACGAUGAUCUCUCAACCCCCCCCUCCUCACCCCCUUUGCAGCUCACUCCGCCACCGGUCAACACGCGAAAACCAACGUUCUCGUUUCUGAAACGGAAGCGUGCAAGCAACAGCAACAGCAACAGCAACAGCAACAGUAUUUCCUCCAACGGCACCCCUCUAACGGAGGUCAACUUCAACAGCGUGCGCGCAGCCACGGAUCCACCCCCCCAGAAAUUGCCCAAACAACAACGCCAGAUCCAGUCACAGCCUCCUCUCAAACAGAUGCAGAUCGAUCUAGGAGUGGACAUCCGGAAAACAUGCGCGGCCUGUGGGAUGGAAUAUAUCCCCUCCAACGCGGAGGAUGUCGCGUUGCACAAGAAGUUCCAUGACAUGAACUCGAGCGGGGUUGACCUGGGCAAGGCGUUUGUACGAGCAAACGCGUGUCGAUGGGUGUAUGAGGCGGCCAGGUUCGACGAGGGCUACGUGGUGAUUGUGGAUAGGAAGAGCUCUCCCUCUGCGCGGAAGCAGGCCAUUCGAGUCCUGGAGGUGGUUAACAAGGAGCUCUCAGCGCCAGAUAUCGAGGACUCGGUCCUGUGGAGCCAGACGGAGCCUCCGGAGCGGCUGAGGAAGAAUGGAUCGAAUGAGAGGGCGGAUCGGUUCAAAGUGUUCUUGCACAUGAAGGAUAGCAAGUGCGUCGGCCUCUGUCUGACGGAGCGGAUUUGGGAAUCACAUGUCGUGAAGCGACCCGAGGGCGCCGGCAAUGAUGGUGGGCAGCUAAAUGGCUCCUCCAUCACGGUUAGCAAGGAGGCCUAUACGGCCAUCGUGGGCAUUUCGCGUGUCUGGACGUCUGCGUCCUCGCGCCGGAUGGGAAUUGCGAUGGACCUCCUCGACUGCGUGGUGAGCAAUUAUAUCUACGGGAUGGAGAUUCCCAAGUCGCAGAUUGCGUUUAGCCAGCCGACGGAGAGUGGGUGUCGUCUGAUCGAGGCCUUUUUUGGACCGGAUGAGCAGUGGCGUGUCUACAAGGAGAACUGA